UUGGUCCUAGUGUAGGCGUCAUGUUGCCAUGUGACGGUGCUAGCAGACAACCCUUCGCGACAGUGUAUGAAUUAGAUCGUUGAAUGUAAUUGUUAUGCACCGCACACACGACAUGCGAUAAUUCCAACUGAGAAAGAAAGGGCUUUACAGGCCGAUUUUUUGCUUUACACCAGUUUGAAAGAGGACAUAAUGGCUGAGAAGAAAUUCUCAGGGGCACCAUUUGGAACACAAACAGCAAGGUUUGAUGUGUCUGGUGUGCACCCGAAGAGUAAGACCCCGGGUACCUUCACCGAGAUACCAUACGACAAGAAGUUUACACAGGAUCUGAAGCGCCGGCUAGGUCCUGGCAGCUAUGAUGUUGAACUGGGCGGGUUCAGCACCAAGUCUGUGGAGGAGAAGACCAGGGGUCCUGGCUGGGCGCGGGCGUAUGAGGUGGAGAAGAUGGCAGCCCUGCCUCAUCUCCUGCACAAAGAACAGUGGGAGCAGAAGAGGAUGUUGCAAAGGAAGCUAGGCCCUGGGUCGUAUGAGAUCAAGGACUUCCUGCAGAGUUCCGACGAGAAGCCCAGGAGCAGUCGCGGAAUCUGUGAAACCAAGGCACCUAGGUUCAAGGAUGGAGCUGUGAGUGACAUUCCCGGCCCUGGAACGUAUGGUAAUGGAGGGAUACCACACGCAGCUAUAGAAGAGAAGGAUAAAAGGUCAACCAGUACUAAAGGGAUGCUGGAUGCUGGCUCGUCAAAGCCGCGCAACCUCCCGACAGUUGGGUCAGUGCUGGGACCAGGCACCUACAACUUCAAGAGCUUCACAGAACAGAUGGGCAACAAGGUGACCAGCGUCCGAGGACCUUAUGACCUCUUCUCCGGGGAUCGUAACAAGCCCAUCACAGUGGGGUACCUGGCAGCACCGAAACUAGCUGACCUUGGCCCCGGUCAGUAUGACCUCAAGUCCUUCCUGUACGACUGGGACACAAUCCAUCGCAAGCGACAGGGCAGGUUUGGUAAAGUGUCUCAGUACCCUGAUCCCCCGACAGAGAGGAUCUUCUGUAGUACACUCUCCCAGUGUCAGAAACAAAAGAACACUCCUGGCCCAGGUAACUAUGACCCAAAGCCUGUAGUGAAGGCCGCCUCCACCAACUCACCAGGCUUCCUGUCGUCUGCUCAGAGGAAUGACCGGGUGUCUCAGAGGUUCUUUACCAGGAAUUUUAACCCAGUGGGGGCCGGACGUUAUGACAUCCAGAAGUGGGAGGAAGCUCAACAAAGGAAUGGUCAUAGCAGCAUGUUCAAGUCUCGUACAGGAAAACUGUCGGCUGGCAUGGAGAAGUUCCUCAAGGAGAGAAUACGAGGCAAGGAUGUUCGUCUGGAAGACCGUGUCUUCAUUGUCCCCCCCGAGGCCCCUGGGAAGUCCUCUCAGGCACAAUACACAACUCAAAGGGCCACAACAAUGGUUUAACCCUUUCUGCAAUUGUUGGAGGGGACGUACACUACAGUUCAUGGAUAUAUGCAGAGGAUGGUUUAAAGCAGCAUAUUACAGAAUAUAGAAACAUUAAAUGUUAUUUUCUUUUCAGGUAAACAAAAAUGUUAAUUUCACAUAAAACGUAACCUCAAUAUUCACAAUAUCUUGACAUUUAUUUUGAUACAUGCAAUAAUAGUAUAGACGAUAGGGGUUCUGCCGCCACUCACCCUGGGCCAAGCCUGACCUGGGAUUGUUUGGAAUACAACAAACCCCCUACUUGUGAUACUUGAAUCCUACACUCAUUUGUUAUUGCGAUUAUUACUGAAACAAUCAAAUUUGCACAUUUACAAAUGAUAUAAAUCAUGAUCUGAAAACAAGGGGUCAGACUGAGCUGACAUCAGUUUAAACACAGCGGUUGUUGGUUGUGGUGCAGAGAGCAGUCGGAUCUGUGGCCUUAUUGUGUAAAUAUUGAAAGUCACUGUUUGAUCAUAUCUCAUGUAUAUGUAAUGUUGUGGCCUGUGGUGCUGUUAGAGGAUAUUCUUGUUGUGUCAUGUUAAAACUGUCUGUGAUAACUUGUGUUCCACAAUGCAAGUCACAUAACUGCGGUCAUGAGAAUAAGAUACAAUCAAUGGCGCUUACUUUCAAAUAAAGAUACAUUUGUACUGCAUUUUUAUAUUAGAUAUCUUUUACUUAUAUUUUCAUGGUUGUUGAAGGAAUGCAUGUGUUUUUAAAAACAUUCUUAAAGCAAACAGAAUCAAAGUACAUGUUCUACAUUGGCUCAUGUACCGAAGUACCUGCCUUACAUGUCGGGAAGAUAAAUAUGUUGUAGCAAGAUCCCCCGGAUCGUGGUAGAAGACCUAACGCAUGAAACCCCAUGUGCCCCUGGUGAUACUGCUACACCUUCUGUUACCUGUAGUAUCCUACCUACUGGGGGAUGCAAGCUCACUUUAAAAAUAUACAUGUAUUACUGUAAAAUUUAUGCAUUUCACACAGUAUUUCUAUUUGGUAUUUUUCUCAACUUCUUAUAUUGUUUCACUUUACCAUUUCAUAUUCACAAUAAUUAACAUUGAGCAGGACUGUUUUCACUGAAUUGUUUUUAACUUUUAUAUAUUUGUAUUAUACUUUGUUACUCGACAGUAUUAUCCUAUGAGAUUUAGUGUCACAUUUAGUGUUGUUAUUGUUGAUUUUGUGUGCCCUGUAUUCAGCUAGGCAGCUGGUCAGCUUGUAUAGAAGUAUGGCGUGCUGCUUCACCUGUGUGGUCAUGCACAAUACAAUGGUGAUCUGAUCGUAAUUAGCGCUGGUCAUCAGAAAACCAUGGUCAGCACUUUGUGUAACAGUGAAAAAUAUUUCCAGUAUUAUUUUACAAAAUAAACACCAACCUUGCAGUGCAAGUCAGAACAUGAACACUGCCAUGGCAAGAAGAUGUUUUCAAGGAGCUUAAUAUUUUUACCACUACCAGAAACUAACCAAUGACGUCUUCCCUGUUGAGUAGCACUGAGCCAUGAUGGUCCUGUCACAGUGCAGGGCUACACGUCACGUGUUAUGGUACACAGAAGUUGGCAUUUUGGUGUUGUUAUAAUCAAAACUAUUUUGUGAAAGAUCUAAGACCCCCUGUUUGUGCAAUAUAUAUAUAUAUAUAUACACUGUAUGCUGUUUAGUCUGUCCCUGCAUCUCAUACAGGACAUAAGCUGCUCCACUUCAACCUCAGGUGGUAAUGUAUUAAGAUUUACUUUUCUAUACACCUUUUGAAUCAAAACCUGAAAAUGCUUUAAGUUGAAACCUUAUUUCCACAGAAGAGAAAAUGUAGAAAUGUGAGAUUGUCACCACUGCAGUAUUAACUAUGGUGUAAUCUGCCAACAUUAUGUUUCCAUGUUGUACACUUUGUUGCACUGUUGUCAUAUACCGGUUUGUAAAUAAACAGCUGUGUGAUGGAA